UCAUAAGUGGUGUGCGCGGGUCACUCUUGCCAACGCUCGCUUGAUCGUCUUCCAGCACCGCAGGAACAAACACCAAGGCCUAUAUAAUCUUGGUACAAAGGUGCCUUCAAACUCUCACGGCGCAUUUGGCUCCGUUAUCACCACCGCAAGUCUAUUACGAGUCCCCUCCCCCCCCCCCUACGUCUUAUCUAUCAGAAGUAAUUGUCGGGUGCCGGACGAACACAAGUCGAGUGGCGCCCGACCGCGGAAGAUCCACUUCUCACUCAGACAGGUGACAGACAAUGAAGUUGUUCUUGACAGUGUUGGUGGUCGCUUUCCACCAGGCGGCCGCUGCUAAUUUGUUCACUGCGUUCACUCGUAGCUUUGGGCCUCAGGAGGAGGUAACCUUCACCUCAGCCCGGGAGAACACAGAGUUCGAGGAGCGGGUGUACCCGGCCAAGAAGUGGGCGUGCACGGAGCAGGUGGGCGGCUACUCUGACGGAGACCAGAUCGAUGUCUUCCUCAGACUCUUCGCUUACAUCGGCGGAGAGAACGACAGACAGGAGAAACUGGUGAUGGGGAUACCAGUGUCCAUAGAGUACAAGGUCGAGGGCGGCCAGAAGGUCUACACCGCCUGCUUCUUCAUCCCCGAGGCUGCCCAGGACAACCCUCCCGCCCCCACCAACGCCCAGGUCGUCAUCACUCCCCGCCCGGAGAUGACUGUGUACACCAGAAAGUUCGGAGGAUACGCGACGGACGAGGCUACGUGGACGACAGAGGCAGAGGCCCUCACCGCCCUGGUGACCGCAGCUGGUAACCAGAUCAACCCCAACCUCAUCUACUGGAACGCCUACGACCCUCCUUUCAAGUUCUGGAACAGGAGAAACGAGGUGUGGUUGUUGAAAAUAUAGAGGAGUGUCCUCACAGCCCUGGCUCGACCACUCUCGCUUCAACCUUACCCCGUCUCAAGGGAGUUUUAGAGAAUAAAGAAAAGUAGCACUUAAGUUCAGCGUGAACUGUAGCAAUAUACCUAACCUUUUUACCUGUGAAUUUAUUAUCUAAGAUAUCAGGAUAAGACAUUUUUAAAGCGUUGACAGUAUGUACCAUUUUCCCUAGCCAGGUGUUAACUUUCUCUCUCCUAUUGACCUGGGAAAUUUUCUAGCGUCGCGUUGAUUGUUCUCUGCUAGCGUUUACGUCUCUCACAUGAACACUGUGAACCAGCCACAACCAUUAUACUUGAAAUCUAGACAUAAGAUGGUUAAGGACCAUAAAAGAUAGAGUUCAUGAGCAUAAUAAUAACAAUAAUUUAUUUGCAAGAAGGCACAUUGGGUUGGUGAGAUUACAUAAGAUUGGUAUUUGUAAAUUCUUGCAAAACCACUAAUACGCAUAGCGUGUUAGUGGCUUUGAAUCAUAAACUAUUAGGUUCAUUUAGGUACAAAACUCGGGUGCCUUGAUCACAAUACAAUAGAACAAGUCAUUGUGAUGUUACUAUCUGUGCCUUGAGACACCAUAAUCUUUAUUUAUCCUGAUCCUUUUCGACCGACGAUAAUUAAUAGAUGCAAUAUGGAUCAGUUUUAACAAUUGUUACGGUGCCUGGCAUGUCUUAAAAAAUAAUUGCAAUAACCCUUCAGAACUAAACUUUAUAAUAUUAUGUAUACCUUUUUAUACAGUAUCCGGGCUUGUGUAGCAGCCAUUUGUGUAAAGACGGGAGGGGUUGGAUGGAGCAGCUGAGGCCAGCAACCUGUCAAAGCCCAACAUGGGGCCAAGCCUCCACCCUGUGUUACUAGGGGAAGGGAAUGAUUGUGACGCUAGGCUGGUGCAGAUCUUCAUGUAAAUAACAAUAGGCAUCUCUUGUAAAUUCGUUUGAAUGUUACUUUUCGAAAAGGUGCAAAUUUUUUGAGGAAUUAUAAUGAUUUACGGUUCAUGUGUAUUAUA